CGUGGGUAUCGGUGCAUCCCAGUGGGUGGGAGCCUGGGGCUAGGCUUCCUCUUCACCGCAAUUGCAUCUUUCAUCAUCGCCAUUCCGUUGAGCUGCUUUCCGCACGAGUUGCCAGGGACGCAGACGGUCCGGGCCCAGCGCGAGUCCCAGGCCCACGCCAAGUCGGACCGGUCGGGCAAGGCCAGCCAGAAGGAGUUCGGUAAAGCCUGGCGUGACUUCCCCUCGGCACUCCGCAUCAUGGUCAGGAAUCCACCUUCAUGGCCGUGGCUGUCGCACUGGCCGCUGACAACCUCUUGCUUACUGGAGUGGGGACUUUUCUGCCCAUCUACUUGGAGGAACAGUGGUAUGGUCUGCAUCGCCGGCUGUGGCGCCCUAUUCGUGGGCGGCUGGUUGAUCAAGAGGCUUCGGCUCAAAGUGCUAGGCAUGCUCAAGUUUGUCAUGGGGACUCUUACUGCCAAUGCACUGCUAACCCUGACGCUGUUCCUGACGUGCCCGGAGAUACCACUGGCAGGCGUGUACCAACACUACGCAAACGACAGUGCUGUAUCGGUCGUGCGCCUGGACGACCCGUGCAACGACGGAUGCCACUGCUCGACCACGCCCUUCGCACCAGUCUGCGGCAGCAAUGGCGUCAU